AUUAUAAUCAUCGUGAUAAUAUCCUUGGCGCUGGGCACCAUGACCUGUGUGGUGGUCUGCUGGGCAUACCAAAGAAAAAGAAAAAGAAGCGACCACAGAAACAACUUGGAUUUCAACAGUCGAAGUGCAAAAUCUGUGACAAGGAGCAGCCCUAUCGGUAGAUACCCUGCAACAAGGCAGGGCAGUAUCGACAGCGCGUUCUCGUCCCAGGCUAGUUUCGGCAGUAACCGGUGCAGCAGUGUGGUGGAAGACACCAGGAUGCUUGUACAGAUGAAAACAUUCACAUCAGAGAGAGCUGAGGUAGAAGCAGAACCCUGCAAGACAAGACAAGAACAGGAUCAAUGUGAAUCUGGUACAAAUCCUGGUUACAUGAAACUCCUUGAUAUACCUACUGAUGAUGGUGAAUAUGUACCCUUGGAUCCAUCCCCAGACUACGACACCCUGUCCAAUGACCUUCCAGGAGCUGGAAAUCUGAUCAUCCGGGACCCUGCGCCCGAUUAUGAAACUGAAAGUGACACUCUCCCGGAUCCUAUCCCCGGUGAAAGUCAGCCUGGCGUCAGUUGCGUCCCAAAUGACCCGUCCUUCAGCACCGUCCACAGGGGUCAAAGAUGGAAAAGUCCGUUUGCUGGUUAUCAGAGUAAGAUUCCUGCUAUGUAUGGGAGACCCAUUAGCAUUGUUUGGCCGCAGAAAUCUUCAUACAUGGAGAAUGACCAUCCCAAAGAAGCAAAAAUGGAUUCACGAGGGCAAUCAUAUGAUGUCACGGCUGGAGACAUCUGGGACUGCUGAUGAUGCAUAGUUAAACAUAUUCACCCUGAUGUGCGUUUAUUCAGUUUUAAAAUUGACAAUGCAUUCAAAAGGUUAUAAAGAAGGUGAAAGAGAGCUCUUUAUCUAUGGGUGACUUUCAUAGACUAUCACUUAUAAAGGACCGAUGACACUGGCUUACGCGUUUUAAAGAAUUAUACCUUAACCAAACU